CGACAACGAAACUAGGUAAACUAAUACAAAUACCGAAAAACAGUAGUUAUUUUUAUGAAUAACUGUUGUCUGUAGUCGUUUGAGGCUAGAAGAAUCCAAAACCAUGUAAGAAAUCGCUGUGGAUUUUAAUUUUCGUUGUUGAUGUUUGUUUUUCUUGUUUUGAAGUUCAAACAAGAAGGUGUAUGUCGAGCAAUCACGAUGUUCACUGACAAGAACUUAUGCACGUUAAUUUUUAUAUGACAGGCUUAAAGUCAAAAACGAGAAGGGAAAGUUUGACAUACUUUUAAACGAAGGUUAGUGGUUUAUUUAUUGUCAGAAAUAUUCAGCUGUAGCUUGUUAUCCUAAAACAUAAAAUUCGGGAGACAUCAAUGAGCAGUAUUUUUGUCUGUGCGAGGCACAUGCGGGCAUAAAACAUUUAUUUAGGCAGUUGUAUUUUGGCUACUUUGAGAAUUUCACGGCUAUACUCACUAAUCACCAAAUACGCGGCAACUUUUCAAUCGAUAAAUUGAUGGUUGAUCGACGAUUCUGUAUUAGCAGUCGAUAAAAACGGUUGUGUACUGGAAAAUCGUUGGUUAAUCGAUGAAUAUAAACCUUUUAUUGAUAAGCUUAAUUCGAUUGAUCAUCCGUUUUAUACUCUGAAAGCUUGAUUUCGCAAGUGAACGGGAGGCCAAGGGUAAAACAGGUACCUCUGCAUUCGUUGUGUAUACUGGUUGAUAUUUUUAAAAUAAGUAUUAUUUUUUUAUAUCCCCCACAGCAUAAUUUUUUCGACACGCCUGUACUGUCCAAAAGAAAAAAUGACACCCUCCUCACUCUCCCAAUGGUGCAGAGAUACUUUUCAUACUUUCAAUGCACAGCCCUACAAAGGGUAGCAAAAAUAUCAUAGGGCACGUGCCUUUGGUAUGAUCCAGAUCAUCAGAUCAGGGUCAGUAAUCCAACAUCGCUGAUCGGAUAAGGGGGCAUUGACAUAUUCACUUUCUCCCCACUUAAUGUCAACUGGACGUUUGGGGGGGUGGAAGGGGUAAGGCAGUGGAUGUUAGUGCAGGGCAUUUUUGGACAAAAGCAAACUGAUGCAUUUUCAUAAAUUUUACACCAUGUGCUGUGGAACCUCAGCACAGUCACAAAUUCAUUAAUUAUGAGAUUUCUUACAAGUCCAAUGCUAUAUAAAUAAAUAAUUGUUAUUUGCUGUUAUUUCAAUUUUUAACCAUCAAUAUUUAUUUUAUCAUGGUUCGUUUUCAUGUUCUCUUUAAUUAGCCACAUUAUCUAAUGCUGGAUCUAAAGAUUUAACCCUUAAGGUAAGAAUCACAUAUAACUGUUUGCACAUUGAUUCACAUAUUAAGUCUUAUUAUCAGCGUGCAAAGAAAGUAGUGUCCGAUAGCCCAGGGCUAGUGGAUUUUGCUAUUGGGCUGGUGAAUUUUGUUCUUUACUUGCCCCAUGAGCAAGUGAAGUUUUUGAGAAAUUCUAAUUACAGAAGAACUGUGUAAUCAAUCUUGUUCAUCAAAGAGUUUUUAGAGCUAGUUGAAAUGACUCUUGGGCUAGUACAUGCUAGCUACAGCUUACCUGAAUGGCAAGCUGUAAAACUGACUUAAUUUCUUUGCACCCUGAUUAUGUUCCGGCAGAUUGUUCUUUGGAGGACAGUACAUUUGCAGAAAUAGCAAUAUUGAAUGUACCCAUGUCUAGUGAGCUGUAUGUUGAAUAGCACUCAUCAUUAAAACAGCAAAGAAAACAACCAAUUUUGUACAUUUGGAGUGAAGUUAACCUUUAAAAAUAGUUUGAUAUGAAUGUGAGUCACGAAUGAAAUUUUGUCGUUUUGAUUUGCCUGCAACAGUUGUACAUGCACAGCACAUGAUCAGUUUAGUGUCAGCAAUAUGUGGACCAAUAUUAUUUCCCUUGUCGUUUUUGGUAAUAAUAAAUUAUAUUAUACAUAGGAUUGAUAAUUUAAAAUAUCGCAAACACUAUUUUUUUUGACUUAAUAAAAUUGUUUAUACGAUGAUAUUGACGUAUUUUUUACAUGAUUUUUCUUUUUUUCAGAGAAAACAAAACUCUAAAGUGUACACUUCAAAGAAUCCUCAUGCUCAAUUGUGGUCUUCUCAUGCCAAUACUGGAAGGAAGGAAGUUACAGUGGCUAACCAGAGACAGAAAAAUGAUAUGACAAAGUCUGUGCCAAUGGGACACCAUAGAGAUAUCAAUGAUGAUUUCUUGAAGGAGAAAAAAACUCCUAGUACAAAGAGGAGAUCUCCUACUAAAGAUGCAAGUUAUUUGACAAAAGAACAGUUGUCAAAAAUUCUUUCAUCAAUCAGUGGCCAAGAAUCACCAGCUAGCCAAGAAGGUUUAUUAUUAUUUAAUAAAUAAUUUUUUUCUUCUGGUUUUUAAAGAUUUUUCUGAUUAAUUUGAGCAUGUUGAUACACAACACAACCAAAAUUAUAUAUAUUUAAAAAGCAGAACCCAGACGAUACUCAUUUCAGAACAAAACUUUUUAUAAUAACAAAUUAAAACCAAGCAA